AUGGCCCCCAAGAAGAACGCAGCGCAACCAGCGCCCUCAGCUGCCGCGACCACCCAGGCCAGCACCACCGCCGCGGGCUCCGUCCCAGCAUCGUCGCCCAUUUCCGCGCCAGCAGCAGCCAAGAACGCCCCGGCCAACUGGGACAAGGUGCUGCAGAACAUUUACCAGUAUUACAUGAAGGAGACGCCGCAGCGGACGAAGCUCAUCGACGUGUUCCUCGUCUUCAUCGCCGUUGUCGGCGCACUGCAGUUCCUCUACUGCAUCUUGGCGGGCAACUACCCGUUCAAUGCCUUUCUUUCGGGCUUCGGAGCAACUGUUGGCCAAUUUGUCCUGACGAUCUCACUGCGUAUCCAAACGACGGCCGCGAACAAGAGCGAAUUUCCAGAGGUAUCGCCUGAACGAGCAUUUGCCGAUUACGUCGUCUGCAGUCUGAUUCUACAUUUUUUCUGUGUCAACUUCAUCAACUAA